GAACUACGUAGUGUAGCUGUGAGAGUGUUUUAGAUUUAAUUUUAUUUCUUCCUUAGAAGAAAGGGACAAUAAUUAUUUGUCAUGUUGUAAUGGUGCAUGGCAUUAAGUAGCUUCACUGUUUCUGCAUGAGACAGAUGUAAGAUUGUUUUCUUGGGGGUGUGUGUGUAGAAAAUGCACCCUUUAAGGAAGUUUGCAAGGAAAAAUCAUCAAAAGGCAGCGUUCCGUCAGCACCGGGAUCCGCUCAGUUCAGAGUCUCUCCCUCUCUCUCUUGUAAUCUCGCGUUAGUCCUUUCCUUAUCUGCCCUCCCUCCAGUUGACAGGCGAGUGUAUGCAAACCAAUUCCAGGAUUUUCACUUCAACAUGGCUACUACCGCAACGUGUACCAGGUUUAGCGACGACUACCAGCUGUAUGAAGAGCUAGGAAAGGGUGCCUUCUCCGUCGUUCGCAGAUGUGUCAAAUUAUCCACGGGCCAGGAAUUUGCUGCAAAGAUAAUUAACACAAAGAAGCUGUCAGCCAGAGAUCACCAGAAACUUGAGCGCGAAGCAAGAAUUUGUCGGCUGCUGAAGCAUCCCAAUAUCGUUCGUCUCCAUGACAGCAUAUCAGAAGAAGGGUUCCACUACCUCAUUUUUGACCUGGUCACUGGCGGAGAACUUUUUGAAGAUAUUGUCGCCAGGGAGUACUAUAGUGAAGCAGAUGCAAGUCAAUGUAUUCAUCAAAUUCUAGAGAGUGUAAAUCACAUUCACCAACAUGACAUAGUGCACAGAGAUCUCAAGCCAGAGAACUUGCUACUUGCCAGUAAAUGUAAAAAUGCGGCAGUGAAGCUGGCCGAUUUCGGAUUGGCAAUCGAAGUCCAGGGAGACCAGCACGCAUGGUUUGGGUUUGCAGGCACUCCUGGAUAUCUCUCUCCAGAGGUUUUGAGAAAGGAUCCAUAUGGAAAGCCAGUUGACAUCUGGGCAUGCGGCGUCAUUCUCUACAUAUUAUUAGUCGGCUAUCCUCCCUUCUGGGAUGAGGACCAGCAUAAGCUUUAUCAACAAAUUAAGGCCGGCGCUUACGAUUUUCCCUCUCCAGAGUGGGAUACGGUCACCCCAGAAGCCAAAAAUCUGAUUAAUCAGAUGCUGACCAUCAAUCCAGCCAAAAGGAUAACUGCAACAGAGGCCCUGAAACACCCAUGGGUUUGCCAACGUUCCACUGUGGCAUCAAUGAUGCACCGUCAGGAAACUGUUGAAUGUUUGAGGAAGUUCAAUGCCAGAAGAAAGCUCAAGGGUGCAAUUCUGACUACAAUGCUCGCGACAAGAAACUUUUCAGUUGGCAGGCAGUACACAGCUCCAGCUGUAACAACCACAGCUGCUGUUGGUCUGGCUGAGCAAGCAGCAAAGAAUUUACUGAAUAAGAAAACAGAUGGUGUCAAGAAAAGGAAGUCCAGUUCCAGUGUUCAUUUAAUGCCACAGACAAACAACAGCAAAAACAACAUAGUCGGCGCCCCAAAGGAAAACACAUCUCAACCAACCACAAUGGAGCCACAGACAACAGUAGUCCAUAAUCCUACAGAUGGCAUUAAGGGAUCAUCAGAGAGCUGCAACACAGCCACUGAAGAUGAGGAGGGGAAAGCUCGCAAACAGGACAUCAUCAAGAUCACUGAACAGCUCAUUGAAGCCAUCAACAAUGGAGAUUUUGAAGCUUACACGAAAAUCUGUGACCCAGGUCUGACCUCUUUUGAGCCUGAAGCCCUUGGAAACCUUGUGGAGGGAAUGGAUUUUCAUAAGUUUUAUUUUGAGAAUUUGUUGUCUAAGAACAGUAAGCCGAUCCACACUACGAUCUUGAACCCUCACGUCCACCUGAUCGGGGAGGAUGCUGCCUGUAUCGCUUACAUCCGGCUAACGCAGUACAUCGACAGUCAGGGCAGGCCAAGGACCACACAGUCCGAGGAAACGCGUGUCUGGCAUCGUCGCGAGGGCAAGUGGCAGAACAUACACUUCCACUGCUCAGGAGCUCCUGCUGCCCCACUCCAGUGAACAUGUUCUGCAGCUUGGAGGUGCUGGAGUAGACUUCUCGUCUGAGCAAUGGAUUGGAGCCGAUCACUGUCGUGGUGAACUCUUGAAAAACAGCAGCGCCAUGCGCCAAUCUGCAUGUGUAUGAUGCUGUGGUGGCUGCCUAUUUGUUGUUUUCAUGGAUCCAUCGUGUUUGUUUCGACUGUAUGGGAGGUGUACAGAUAAAAUGGCUGCUGUAAUGUGUACCUACUCACCCGUUUGAUGGCAGUGGUUCAAACGAAGUAGAUUCGGAACCUGCUACUUGCCAAAGUACAGACAUCCAUAAUUUGAAAUAAAAUAAUGUAAAAGUCACAAAACUAACAGCCGGUGUAGUGCUCAGAGAUUUCUCUUUUUUUAUAUAUUAAAAAAAAAGAAAGAAAAUAUGCCAUUCUUGUCGAGAUUUAAUCGAGGUUAACUCUGAUCAGUAACUGUCACUACAAGAGUAACAUUAUUAUGGUAAGGUUCAGGUCAAAAUGCCAGAAGAGCACCAUGCAAAUUCCUUCUGUCACUGAGGGUUAAAGAUAAUGAUUGUUAAAUCAAGGAGUCUCCUGCAGUGUGUUAAAGAACAUUUGUUGAAGGCCAAGACUAUGACAUUGCUGUUCUGUGAAACUGAAACUUAAAAAAUUAAUAAUAUUUCUAGGCGAUUGUAUUUUUCUCUCUUUCUCUCUCUCUCUCUCCUAACAGCCUAUUGCAAAGUGAAGCUGUGAUCUCAUUUCUUGAAAUGGAACACGCAGAAAACAAAAAAGUAUUUUUUUUCUCAUCUGUUAACUUUUCUUCCAGUGUUCUCUGCAGCAGAAUUAAUAUGAAUGUAUAAUAUUGAAGUUCUUGUUGUGGCCUAAGUGCAGUAAAUUUAUCUUUGGUUUAAAAGAUGCUGAGUCAUUUGCAUACAGAAUUUUGCAGUAUAUUGUAAUCUAGUUACUGAUCACAACCAUUUGAGCUGCCUGCAGGGUAUACUCUGCCUUAUGUCACCAAGGUAUGGUGUCGAUGUAUAGCAGGGUAACAGUAUCCUAUUUGGAGUAUAAGAUUGAGCAUGAGGCCUAGGGUGUUUACACUGAUAGGCACCACUGUGCCAGCUGGGAGGGGGCUGGCCACCUUGGGAGAAAAUGGUCACACAUUUAAAAUAUAUAUGCAGUUUUACAGAGGUUAUGCAUGUGUUGUUUAUGGUCAAUAUUUUCACUGUAUGUGUUUACUUGACAAAAAUAAUGAUGUACCUAGUUCUGCAUCUUUAACAAUCUUGCACAGUCUGGACAGUAUGUACUACAUAAUUUAAGCCUGAGCUUGAUAUGAUAAAAUUCCUGUUUAAAAGAGGCGACAUAAAUUAAUUGCAUUGCUACUGUAUCUUAUGGGGCUAAUAUCUUAUAGUUUUAAAUAAGGCAAUUGAUGCAGGAUUUUGCAUGAUAUUAAAAUAAAACCCAGUGUUUGUUUGUUAUGAAUGUGGGUAGAUCUUCAUAGCUUUGUUACUAUAGGACUUGAUCUUUAAUGAAAAGUAUUUAAUAAAAAGAAAACCGGUGCGUCUUGUUUUACUUGCUGCAGUUGAUGGAUGUUUACCUUAAAACCUGCUUAAAUUUGUCUGGCGAAGAAAAAGUUGUCAAUUAGUGAGGAGCAUUCUUAAAACUUUUAAGAGUACGUUGUAUUCAAUGUUUUCAGUUACUUCACUAAAAAACGAGAGUCCAAAAUAUGUGAAACUGAAUAUCGUUUCCCUUUUAAUCAAAUGUCUCACCAGAACCAGUCACGGUCUCUGCUGCUUCCCAUUGCAAACCAUAUGCUGUGCAUUACUUCAAGACUGGUCAAUGUCAGUGUGAUUCAAUAGGACAAGUUAGCAGCGUUUUAGCCUCCUGGUUGAAUAGAUCAAGUCAGAUAUUAAAUGGGGUUGUCCUUGUUGGGACUAUUGUGUUACAUUUUGGAAGCCAUCCCGAUGUUUUGCUUUAUCUCGUAGUUCAUCUACACUUCUUGAUUGCAAAAUAAAAUUAGUCUUGCAUUCAGAAGCCAUUUCGUUUGCACCUCUCUCUCAUGGUAGGCCGAGUAAGAGGAAAAAUCAUGGGCACAAUCGGAAACACUCAACUGUUCCGAUUGCACUGAACAGUCAAGUAAGCACAAAGAUCAAUAACCCAGCAUUUGCCCAUUUUUAACUAGCAACGAUAGCCAGUGCUCCUCAGAGCAUGCCCAAAUCAGCCUCACCAAGUUUCACUCAUUUUGAGACUCAAUACUUUUAGUUACCUAAAUGUAACCUGUUUCUGUGUGUCUGGCACUUUUAAAAUAAUAAACACAGUUCUGUGGAUA